AUGAACGCCAAGACCGCCAUAGAUCGAAUUAUUGGCAAGGGGGGCCUGAAGUUGGGCAGCUCCAGAGCUGACGGUGGGCUCGAGAAGGGUAAGCGGGAGGGCGCUGCCCCGCGGAAGUCCAUGGAGGAAGUGGCCACAGGCAAAGGCAAAGUGCCGGACCCGGAGCGGAGCGAGCUCCUGCAGAAAAUACUUUUGCUUGAGAAAGAAAAAGAAAAAUACAACCAUCUUCUGGGAGAGAAGGACAGAGAAAUCCAAAACCUGAAAGACAAGCUUCGGUCCAAAACCAAGAACAGUGAAGUGUCCUUACUACAAAAUCAACUAGAGGAAAAAACAAAGGAAGCAGAAAGGAGAGAACAGUUACUUUGUUCUCUAUCAGAAGAAAUUAACAGGUUAAAAUGUGAUUUAUCUGCAGUCAUGGCAAAAUGCUCUGAUCUUGAGAACGAAGCCAGUAGUACUUCUCAGGUAUCCCAGGAAGCUGCAACAAACAGCACUGAAGUUGAAAGACAAUUGAAAGAUGCUCUGGAGAAAAAUCAGCAGUGGCUACUGUAUGACCAGCAACGGGAAGCAUAUGUCAGGGGACUGCUUGGAAGGAUCUUUGAACUUGAACAGAAGGCAGAAAUGGCUAGCCAGCAAGAAUCUAAAUCAAAUUCAGAAGGUCAUCUACAGGAGGAAAGGCAAGAAUACUGUGACCAGCUGUUUCUAACUGAGGGUCAUCCUGAGACAGAAAGACGCACUAUAACCCAGCUGAGAUCUGAACUGAACGAACUUAAAAAGACAUAUGAAGAAACACAAGGGGAAAUGAUGAGUUUAAAUGCCUUACUGCAGUCACAACGGGUUGCUGAAAUGAAGACUCGAGAAAAUGAAAAUAAAAUGAAAGAGAAAGCACAAAGACUAAAACAGGAAAAUGAAACUAUCAAAGAACAGCUCCGAGAAGAAAAAGAAAAGUCUGAAGAUCUUUUAUGUCAGGUGCAACUCCUUCGUAAAUCAUUGCUCAGACAGGAGGCAGAACACACAAGAAUAGCUUUGCUGGAACAACAGAUCCAGAUGUGUACCACAGACUUAGAGAACGGGAAGCUUGAUCGCCAGAACUUGAAGCAUGAGUUAAGCCAUGUUCUCAAGGAGCUGCGCAAGGCCAAGGAGAAAAUAACCCGCCUGGAACCUCUGAAACUCCGGGAAUCUGGACGUAUGGAAUCACAAGAAGAUUUGCAAGCUGUAUUUGACAAGAAGCUGACCACAUGUGACAGAAGUCCCCCCCUGAAACAUUCCAGCUGCCUUGAUGAAAGUUUUCUCGAGUGUCCCAGAUGUAAAGUGCUAUAUCCAACAAGCCAACAUAGAGAAUUACUAGCACACAUUGACUUCUGUACAGCUUGA